UCUCCGCCCCCUCCUCCUGUGGUGGUGCCGGGUUGCAGCGCCGGUCGUGGCGGUUUCGGUGCCCGAAGCCGGGAGCCCUGAGUCGUUCCCGGGAGCGGCGGCCAGGCUAUGAUCGCGGGUCCCCGGCGUCCCGCUCCGGCCAACCAGAGUCCUUGUCUCGGCUUGUGUCCGUACCCGAGCAGUCUCCUCAGCCCGGCUCCGCGGCGCGAUCGGCGGCGGCGCCCCCAGCGCGCCCCUUCCUCCGAUGGCGGCAGAGAUCCAGCCCAAGCCUCUGACCCGAAAGCCGAUCCUGCUGCAGCGGGUCGAAGGGUCCCAGGAGGUGGUGAAUAUGGCCGUGAUCGUGCCCAAGGAGGAGGGCGUCAUCAGUGUCUCGGAGGACAGGACUGUUCGUGUGUGGUUAAAGAGAGACAGUGGGCAAUACUGGCCAAGCAUAUACCAUAUGAUGCCUUCUCCAUGUUCAUGCAUGUCUUUUAACCCGGAAACAAGAAGACUGUCCAUAGGUCUAGACAAUGGUACAAUCUCAGAGUUUAUUUUAUCAGAAGAUUAUAACAAGAUGACUCCUGUGAAAAACUAUCAAGCACAUCAGAGCAGAGUGACGAUGAUCCUGUUUGUCCUGGAGCUGGAGUGGGUACUGAGCACGGGGCAGGACAAGCAGUUUGCCUGGCACUGCUCCGAGAGUGGGCAGCGCCUGGGAGGUUAUCGCACCAGUGCCGUGGCCUCUGGCCUGCAAUUUGAUGUUGAAACCCGGCAUGUGUUUAUUGGUGACCACUCAGGCCAAGUAACCAUCCUCAAACUGGAGCAAGAAAACUGCAGCCUGGUCACAACGUUCAGAGGACAUACAGGUGGGGUGACGGCUCUCUGUUGGGACCCCGUCCAGCGAGUGUUGUUCUCGGGCAGUUCUGAUCACUCUGUCAUCAUGUGGGACAUCGGUGGGAGAAAAGGAACAGCCAUCGAGCUCCAAGGACACAAUGACAGAGUCCAGGCCCUGUCCUAUGCACAGCACACGCGGCAGCUCAUCUCCUGUGGCGGCGACGGUGGGAUCGUCGUCUGGAACAUGGACGUGGAGAGGCAGGAGACCCCUGAGUGGCUGGACAGUGAUUCCUGCCAAAAGUGUGAUCAGCCUUUUUUCUGGAACUUCAAGCAAAUGUGGGACAGUAAGAAAAUUGGCCUGAGACAGCACCACUGCCGAAAGUGCGGGAAGGCUGUCUGUGGCAAGUGCAGCUCCAAGCGCUCCUCCAUCCCUCUGAUGGGCUUCGAGUUUGAAGUGAGGGUAUGCGACAGCUGCCACGAGGCCAUCACAGACGAGGAACGUGCGCCCACCGCCACCUUCCAUGACAGUAAACAUAAUAUUGUUCAUGUGCAUUUUGAUCCCACCAGAGGCUGGUUACUGACUUCGGGAACUGACAAGGUUAUUAAGCUGUGGGAUAUGACCCCGGUUGUGUCUUGAUGACACUCUCAGGCAUCAGAAAGAUAGUAUUUACUCAAGAAAUGGUGGUUCUAAUCCAAGUCAUUACUGGAGCGGGAAAGCAGACGCGUGAGAAGGAAGAGAGAAGCUGAGUUUGCAGGUCAGCCGCGCCACAGCGCUGAGCAUCAGUGAACUCACGAGGGAACGCUUUCAACUUGUUCAUACGACAUAAAAGAAGAUAUUUUUUUAACAAAGGGAUUAUACAGUCUGGCUGUGCUACAUUGUUGUGAGUAUCCUGGAGUAUCCUGAAAACUGAGUGUGGGGUGUUUCAUUUUCAUAUUUUUCAGCACUUCAUUUUCGUUGUUGCUUUGUGCAUUGAAGAAAUAAGGGUGGUUGUUAAGUAGUUCCCAUGUUUCCUUCACUUGGGCACGUGCCUUGCAUCCUGUGAUCAGCAUCUUUUUCUUCUCUGUGUUUCCACCCUCACCUUCACUUGCCAUUUGCCAGAGUUGGUGGCAUUUACGGUUUAUUUGCGGCGUUUCUGCUUCCAUAGAAAUCCUCUUCCAUUGAGAGAUUUGGAAAAUCAUUUAUGUGGGUUUCCCAACUGACUUCUUGAAUCACCUGGAGAAGCAUCCGUUUGUAAUGUUGGGGUCACUCACGUUCUCAUGGAGUGGAAAUGAUCUUGUGUUUCGGCCUCUGUUUUUCUGUCUUUCCCACGUUUAAAAAAAAAUGCUGGGAGAAAGCUGCUCCUAAACACUCUCAUCACAGAGGCACAUUUUCAUAACUCAGACCUUCAACCCUCAGUGCCUGGAUCAUUUCUAAUUCUGAUCCUUUUAUGUUUUAAUUUUAUUGACACAGCUCUCCGUCACUCAUAUUAAAAACAAAACCUUGCGUCCUCCAAGAAUAGUGUCUUUUAAGAUGUGUUUUUCCGUGUGAUGUCACCUCUGAACUUGAACGUCUUCAUUGCUUUGAGGUUGUAGCCUGCUUUUAUUCUUCACUGUCUGUAUUUUCUUCCCCUUUCAAAACUAGAUAUUUAAAGAUUGUUAUCUUCAUGUAUUUUAUCUGAAUACUUUGCACACUUUCAUACUAAACCUGUGUGAUCUGAGACAUGGAAGACACUGAACCCUGCAGCUCAUGCCCUGUUCCUGUUGGGCUUGUAUGGGGUGAGGGGCUGUAGAAAAUACACCUGCAGAACUCACUUUAAGGGAAUCCAGUCAAACUUGAUAAAUUGAGGUGUUCUUGUGUGUAGUGACUCAACUUGGGAUCCUGAAGUCUUUUUUAAAAAUCUGAUUUUCACCUGGAAAAACAGGAUUUAAAUUAGCGGCAGGCGUGUGCUGUGUGACCUCCCCAUUUCUAAGCACUUUACAGGUACCACCUCAUCCAGCCCGCACCUGUCAGGACCAUGGCGGGGGGGGGGGGGUGGUCACUGAGUCCUUGGGGUUCAUCAGGUUAAACAGAGCCUUGCAGAUGAACAGGCCAGUUAUUUGCCCUUCCCAGUCUGAGCCCUGCCUCCACAGGGUCUUGUCCUCUUCCGAUUUGACAACUUGGAGGAUGGUAGUAUUUAAAAUCCUCCCUAUUUUUUCUCUUUUCCUGGAAAGCAUUUUUUUUUUCCCCUCGUGAUCUUUACUUUCCUUUCUAACCAGGAGAAACUACCAGCCAUACUUGGAUACUACCCCUAACACUGACCAAGCAUGCUUCCUGAGGAUGGGCUUCCUCAAGAGGCUUCUGCUGCUGCAGCUUUGAGGGUCAGGACAGUGGGUGUGCCCUGUGCAGCCCCGGGACCUGACAGCCAGGACCUGAGACGUCAGAGCACAUCGGCCUGUGUGCCCAGAUUCUAAGGUUGUGUACACACACACACACACACACACACACAUGCAAUCGCCGACUUGUCACUUCACUGUCCCUUCCACACUCCCCUUGCAGGCCAUCAGUCAAAGCCAUUAUAACCAACCUGUGUCUCUUCUGCAUGGUUGGUCUGUGAGAGAGCUUUAAAAAGGGAAUUCAACUGAAAAUACUCAGAUAUUUUGUAGUUUACUACUAGAACAUGGAGCCAUUUACUCUGUUGUACAGGAUAACAAACUAUGUGUUGGAAAUGAGUCAUAGAAAUGAAUCGCUCUUGUCCCUCCCUCAACUCUGUGGCGUGGCCUGUACUGACAGAGGCAGACACAGUGUCAGGGAGGCAGCAGACCAGGCGCCCAGCAAACCUGACCUGGAUCUGAGUUGGGUCGAGAUGAGUUCAGACCCCACUGAGGAAGCUGACUGUCCCCAGUGGGUCACAUGUGACACCGUGGUCCCUCUGGUCUGUGACCCUGCACUUCAGUCCAGCCGUCUCCCUCCCAGCGUGGCUGUACCCCAGCCCACAGAGCCACUCAGAGGUUGAACUCACUUGACACCUUGUUAGUGAUGUGAGUUGUCAUCAAAACCCACAGGUUUGUGGAAGUUUCCAUGCUCUGUCCUUUUCUGUCUCCUCAUCUCUGUCAGUGCUUGAAUUUGGUGAGAAGUGCUUAGCCGACCAACUGUGUGUGUUUAUAAUACUGUGAAUUCUUGAGUUUUACGAUGGCUCCCCAUAUUUUGUAACUCAUAGAUGAUACGUGUUGGUGUUGGGGUGCCUUCCAUGCAUCGUAUGGAAUAGAGGCUUCAGUCAUUAGGAGUGGAAGCUGGCACCCACUCCUGGCUUUCCUCCUGUCUAGGUGAACUCACAGUUCGUUUCAUCCCACUGGAAUUGCACUUUACAUGUAUUUUUUGCUCUAUUAUUUCAACAUACAGAAGCUUUGGCAGGUAACGCCUAACGCGAUUAUGUUGGGAAAGUGGCAGAACCACACAUCACGCACAGGGCUGCCCUUUAUGUGGGAGGAUAAAACUGAUCAUGUGCUCUCAGUUUCUCCAAAGAAAUGAUGUUACUGGAACCUUUACCUGCCUGCCUUGUCCCCACAGUAGCAGAAGCUGUUUUAGAUCAAGUACUUGGAGUUGUGUCUUUCUCUAUGAGGUCUGCCAACCUCACGAGGUCUGUCAUGAUGUACUUCCCACUUGAUUGUGCGAAUUAUUCACAGAAUCAUAAAAUCACAAAACUGGAAGGGAUCUUUUGAGUACUAGAAUGUUCCAAGCACAGAACACCUUAGUCACACCAAGCAGGUCGAUAGAGCAGAGGUAUAAACUAGAGGAAUCUAAAAGAAGAAUUUUCGAGGAACAAUUGUUUUUGAACAUUAGCUGCGUGAGUGGGAGGAAUGACUUGCAGCCUUGAGACGGGGCUCUCAGGAACCGGGUCUGUUGACCCGUAGAUCAUUGGAGGUGAAUCUGAUCAUUCUGGCCACAACCCUGUGGUUCCGAGCGGGUGGGCCCGUGCAGUGAGGUGGUUAUUGCAGGUCUUCAUCAGCAUAAACUCCUUCCCACGCUCGUCCCCACAGACCAACCCAGCUGCAAAAUUCCAGUGCAAACCAGGGGCCCUGGAAACGCACCUUCCCCUCUGUGUGCAGGCUGGCCGAGUGAGUUCCUUCACUGCCCUUCUUAUGGUACAUGGCCUUUUCCUGUUCUGAGAUUCAUUUCUCAAAGGCCUAAUUUAUUUUUGCUUAACAUUAAUCAGUUUUCAAAAGCCUGAAUUUUGACUUUUAAGCAAGGGUCUAGGUCUCAACUAUGUAUCAAAGUUACUGGACAUAAAUAUUCCUUAAAUGAGAUUCCUUUGGUUUUGCCUUCUCAUAGUAGUUUAAUUGUGUAUGUAAGUGACCUUGUCCGCUAAGACUUAUAUUUUAAAGUGGAAGAAAGCAUUGUGCCAAAACAUUCUUUUUUCCCUUUCUCCUUUAGAAUAAUGUUAAGUUACAUUUUUCCUGACGUGCAAGUGGAUAUAUAGGGCUGUGACUGGGAAACACAGAAGCAAAGUUCUGAGCACUGCAGGAUCUAGGUGACCCUUGAGGCUCUCAGUCUAUCCAGUUCAACCAUUUGCUGGGCAUCCACCACGCAGCAGGCUUUGAAGCAGGCCCUGGGGUCACCAGGGCCAUUCUGUGGCUGGGACAGAGGCCACACUAAUGAGUAGAUGGAGCGUUUCCGUGUCAGGUGAUAAAUUCAGUGAUGGAAGCCACGUGGGGUCCUGCCCAGGAGCUGCACGGGUGCCCCUGCCCCAGCGGGUGGAGCCAGGGGACUUCGCAGAGGAAAGGACUUCUGAGCUGAGUGUUGAAGGAUGUGUUGGAGUGAUGGAGUAAGGAAAUGACCUUCCAGGUUGUGGAAACAGCGUAAACAAAGGCCCAAGAACAGCCUCAGCCUGGUACUUGGGGCCCAUGGUGAUCUGGAGUCGCCAGAGGGUACCACGUGUGCAGCUGCCUCCCAGAGCCUGAGCUCCUGUCUCCGUGAGACACCGAUGCUCAUGACCCCAGAGAGGGAGGCGGCACAUGGUCCCCCCCGGCAUUUACCCGGAGGCCUGUCAUUUUGAGAGUCAAAUUGUCCUACAGCUGAGGCUAGUUACCAGUUUCUUGUUCUUUGGAAAUACUUGGAAUUAUUAUCUUAAAAUGGCCCCUGGUAACUAACUUUUGAACUUCGUGGGGGCAUAGCUCCUCACUAGAGGCCACCGCUUGCACGGACUUGGCCUGGAAGAGCUUACGACAUACUCUGUUGGGACACAGGGGCCAGGCUUAGCUUGACCUUUGAAAAAGGACAGACCUUGACCUGUGGCGGGGGAGACUGUCCUGUAGGGGGGACACUGCACUCACACGCAGCGCAAGCAGGCCACCACCGCCCUCGUUUCCCUCCCGGCCUUGAGUCAUUCUUGCAAGUCAUGGGUCAUUUCAGUAUAGUGAGGUCAGUGUGAUAAACCCUCAUCACGGUGGCACUGACCGAGUGGACGGGAACGUUUUUCUCAAUUCAGUGACAGUAAAAGGGUUUCAGGCAGCCACCACCCCGGGGACCUGGCUCUACCGAGCAGGGGUGUCCCAGCACGCUGCCGCAGGCUACUUUCUAGUAUUUACUAUGCCAUCCACUUGCCUUUUCCUUUCGGUGUCCAAGCAUCAUAUGUCCGUAACUUAAUUCAGGAACACCCAUGUUCAUUUUUAAACCUUAGCUCAACUUUUACAACCAAGAACUAAAUACGCACCAACCCUGGGGUUUCUAGUUUGUAAUUCUGCCUUUAAACAUUAUCCUUUCCACCGACAAGCCUAUUUAGGCCUAACACAAGAAAGCAGGGAUUAAAAUUAGAUCUGUUCAACACUGGAAUGGGAUUCCUCUUUUGUUUCUCAUGCCAGGGGAUUUUUGGACAGUACAUAGCCCCUUGUCUGUUGUGGAAAGGAGAGUAAAAGUCUUGAGGAAAAGUUGAAUUUGAUGAUUGUUCUUAAGAUUCCUUCCAGUCCGUGAUCCUAUGACUUGAUGACUGUUGUUUGUUACUGGACAGGCCCAACCCUGACCAGUGACCUGCCCGCACGUGGCCAGCUUAACUCAGGUAAAUGGGAGCAGAUCCCCAUGCCUUUGUCUUCUGUCACAUCAAGUAAAUUGCUUCCUGUAUUUUCCCAUCUAGAGCCCUGGAGGUUUGGAAAAAAUGGUGAAGGUGGAGGUCAAUCAUGGGACCGUCUCAUUAAAAACAGACACUUCAAAGUGUUCACUUUUGUGAGUCCAAAAGUGUGCCUGGCUUUCUGGGGCAAGAAAGAGAACUGCGGGUUGACUUACGGGUUAGAUUUGGGAUAAGACCUUGAUAUUUAGGGUCCUUUCUUUUUUCCUCCUUGGUUCUCUGGGGAGCAUGAGAGGGUAAACUGUAACACAAAAAGGGGAAAUGGUUUGAAAAAAAGUAUUUCAUUUAAACACUUUUUUUUCAUUUAAGUGGAUGGCUGCCUUAUGUUAAUAACAUACACCAGUAUGAAGUACGGACCAAAACACUGGUGUCGCUGAUAACCAUUAUAUUCCUAUGUAUUUGUGUUUUACGCCAUCUGCCUUUUUUCCCCAACGUACUGUCAUUUUGCAAAAGAAAAUCUUUGUAUGAAAAGUGCAAAAACUGUUACUAACUGGACAACAGGGGAGGUGCUAGCCCCACACUCGUGCCUGCCUGCCGCGGCCUCCGUGCCAGGGACACGGCUCCUCCAUCCUGCGCGCCCAUCAUUCCACAGCCGCAUCGGAACCUGGCUGCAGCGGGCGCAUUGCUUUAUGGAUGUCUGUUCCUUUCUUUUUGAAAUGAGAGAUUCUCCAAGGGGUGAGGCUGAGGCUCUAACAAGCCCACAGCUGGAACAGAUUGCUCAGAUGUGGCUCUAGCCAAACCCCUCUGGCCUUGCCACGCCCUCUGCCGCUAGAUUCCACCAGGAGGACCAAGCAGUCUUGACGCUGACUUCCUGAAUGUGAUCAGGUGGGAACAAGCAAGCACUUCCCAUCAUGUUACAAUGUCUGGAUCUAGGUCUACAUUCAGAUGCUGCUGGAUGCUGUGAAUGUUUCUGAGCUCUGCUCAGCUUCCCACUGUGCUUCCCUCUAACUGAAAUAUACGCGUUGCCAUUACUGAUAUCAGAGACUCUCAAUGCAAGUUACUGCCCUGGUUUAAAAUAAAUGUCUGUGGAAACCUUCCUGCAGCUGUGGUCCCAUCAAUUUGUUGUUGAGCUGUACCAGGUGCCCACACGCACCCCAGCAGCCCCGACUUGGUCUCACCCUGGCUGGCUGACUAGGCUCGAGGGCACAGCAGAUGGGGUGUGGCCGAGUAGUCCUUUUCAUUUUCUCUUUGUCACGGAAGACUGCUUUAACUGUGGCUGAUAAACUUUUCAAAUGAAGAGAAAGAGGACUCAGGGAAAAUACAGCCAGGAAAAAGCCUCUGUAAAAAUUUAUGAGGCCCAUUUUAUGGAUAAGAAGAGACGUUGGAAGAAAUCAAUGACCUGCACACUGUCGAACAGCCAGUGGGUGGGGCGGCUGGGUCGCACCAGGGCCACCAUCCCAGUGAUGUCCUUCCCUCCACCUGCCUGUGCUGGUGAAUGCCCCCCGCCCACACACCCCCCCAGAACUCCAGAAGCCCGUGCUUUCCUUCCAGAGAGGAGACUGCUCCCUGACCUUCCCAGCAGAUGCACCAGGAAAACCCUUCCUUGGCUGAGAGCCUGGAUCGGAGCACCUGAGGCCCUGCCGAGGCCUGGCACCUUGGGACUGGCUGAGCCAUGCCCAGCUGGGUUUUCUGCCGCUAUGGGUGAUGAGUUAUGUUUAUUUCACCUUGAACAUCAAGAAUGUAAGUAAAUAAUAA